UCUCUCUCUCCCUCUCUGGUUUCCUCCAUUGCAAACCAAGCUAUCUUUCCAGCUUGCUGAUGCCCUUCUCUCCGCAUUCACAAAGCCCCACCAACCACCUUGCCCACCUCUGCUUUUCUCAAUUCCUCACCACUGGUUAAAAAAAACCGCUCUCUCUCUCUCUCUCUCUCUCUGCAUUGGCCGUUUCAAAGAUUAGAUUUUUGUCUGGCCCUCUUUAAGCAAUUUAUAUUAUUCGUUCCAAUUCUUUACAUCACACUUCAGGCCACACCUUCUGCUUCUAAACUACUCAUCUUCAACUGUUAACUUUCUCUUGGGGUUUUUCGCUGUUGUGGGUUUUUUAUUUCGAGUCUGCAUUGGCCUGUCUUGGCUUAUUCGCGUCUCUAUUGAUGCAAAAAGAGGCUCCUUCCUUAAUUCCCCGCGUUCUCAAGCAGGAAGAUUAAAGGUUUUUGGUUCAGAUCACUACAAUGGAGGCAAUGGAUUAACUUUGUAUGUUAAACUGAGAGGACAAAGCCCAUUUUUGCUCCUGAUAUAGGCUGACCGGACAUGUCGUCAGGGAGUUUGAAUGCCAAAUUAUCAAGGAAGACAUCAUUUUUGGGUCUAAAAUUAUGGGUGGUGAUUGGUGUGUGUGUGGGUGCAUUUAUAGCUCUGGUUCUCUGUAUCAUAUCUAUUUGGGUUACAUGUCGUAGAAAAUCUAGAAGAACCCUAGACAAGUUCUCCCUUUCUCCAAUACCCAAUGUCUCCAGAGAGAUCAAAGUUGACAGAGUUGGGGGUCAAAAUAUUCAUUAUCAUCUGAAAACUCUACACUUGACGGUUAAUGAUGAGUCGAAUGAUAAGAUCUCAGAGAAAAUGUCAGUUCAUUUGGGUAAGAGCAAGUCGAGUGAUGUUGAUAAUAUUAGCCAAUGCAGCUCCAUGUAUCAUCAUGAGAAGGGCUGCAGUUCACAGUCAGGGGAAGAAGGCAGUUCUGGGACCGUCUGGAAUCAGUCUUCGCUGUCAUAUGGACUUGCAAUGCCCUCUCCUUUAAUUGGUUUACCAGAAAUGUCGCAUCUCGGGUGGGGUCAUUGGUUUACUCUUAGAGAUCUGGAACUUGCAACAAAUCGUUUCUCGGCAGAAAAUGUACUAGGGGAGGGUGGAUAUGGAGUUGUUUAUCAAGGAAAACUGGUCAAUGGGACUGAGGUAGCAGUGAAGAAGCUUCUUAAUAAUUUGGGGCAGGCAGAGAAAGAAUUUAGGGUUGAAGUGGAGACUAUUGGGCAUAUUCGACAUAAGAACCUUGUGCGGCUUCUAGGAUAUUGCAUAGAAGGGGUUAACAGGAUGCUGGUGUACGAAUAUGUAAAUAAUGGCAACUUGGAACAAUGGCUUCAUGGGAACAUGCGGCAACACGGUAACCUUACUUGGGAAGCCCGUAUGAAGAUUCUUCUUUGUACUGCAAAAGCGCUUUCCUACUUGCAUGAAGCUAUAGAACCAAAAGUUGUUCACCGAGAUAUAAAAUCUAGCAAUAUAUUAAUUGAUGAUGAGUUCAGUGCAAAGGUUUCAGAUUUUGGAUUGGCCAAGCUCCUGGGUUCGGAUGAAAGUCACAUCACUACCAGAGUAAUGGGAACAUUUGGUUAUGUGGCUCCGGAAUAUGCUAAUACUGGCUUAUUAAAUGAAAAGAGUGACAUCUAUAGUUUUGGUGUCCUUCUGUUGGAAGCAGUAACUGGGAGGGAUCCAGUAGACUAUGGUCGCCCUGCAAAUGAGGCUAAUCUUGUUGAGUGGCUGAAGAUGAUGGUAGGGAAUAGAAGAGCUGACGAAGUUGUGGAUCCAAACCUUGAAGUGAAACCCACAACACGUGCUCUAAAACGUGCCCUUCUGGUUGCACUUAGAUGUGUUGAUCCUGACUCAGGGAAACGGCCCAAAAUGAGUCAGGUUGUUCAAAUGCUUGAAGCUGAAGAAUUCCCUUUUUGUGAGGAUCGUAAGAACAGGAGGAGUCGUUUAGCCAGCGUGGAUAUUGAAUCCAUAAAAGCGGCCUGUGGUUCAGCUCACAUGGAAGGAAAAGUAGGGCAGUCAGAGAACAAUGCAUCUGAGACAAAUCAUGCAUAGGACCUACACACACUUGACCAGGGUGACUAGUUGCCUUCUCACCCUUUAGAUUAUAAAGCUUUUCAUAACCCUUCUAUGCAUCUUUGUACAUUUCAAAGUUUGUUUUUGGAAGAUUCGUGCUUCUUGGAGCUAUUGGAUUGAGGAUAGACCAUUGGAAUUCUUGAGGGUUUUACUCUUCUUUCAAUGCUCUCUGCUGAUCUAAGAUAUAGCUACCAAAUGAUGAAAGUAGCUGUGGUCGUUCAAGAGAGAGAAGGUAGCUGCUGUACAGAACUACAGAUGUGUUGUGGGAUGGAUUUUAAAUCUUUUUCGAGAGGAUGAUCAUCGUCAUUAUCUUCUAGGUUUCUUCAUUUUCUUACUGUUGGGAUGGUGAAAGACUCUCCAUUGGGUUAAAAAUUUUCUUUUAUCUCUAUGUUCCGUCGCAGUUAUUGCGUGUUUGUUGUUGCAGGAACGCGAAGCUUAACUACAUUGGAUCUUUAUUUGCCUUCAAUUCUUGCAUCAUGUUUCCA